AUGGAGGAACACACAGACAAAUAUCCCCGCGCAAGUGUACGCGAGGUUGAGUCGGGAGCUCUCGUGACACUCGACUGCCUGAGACAGAAUUUGUGCGGUUCUCUUUCCGAGCACGAACUGCUUACUCUGAGUCGAGCGGCGGGGGCAAAACAUAACGAAAAGAGAGAGGAUGGGGUUGGGGAAAGCGCUGUUGAAGGCUGCUGCAUUAACUUGGAUUCCCUUCUGCAAUAA